CAGAGGGGGGAGAGCCAGAGGUAUUUAUGCUUUCUCUCCUCUGUCUGUAUUUCUAAGCAGAACGUUCUAGACUCCUCUAGGUGGGUCUACUGCAUCUAUGCUUAGUAUUGCUGUAUAUGCAAGCAAGAUUACGUAGGUGCAUGCGUAAUUGUAUACGUCAGCAUCUUACAGAGUAGGCUACUCUAUUUGUAAGCAGAGGGUCUAGAACAUUUCUAGUUACUAAAAAUAGAGAACAGCAUAUCUUAAGAACGAGAGGAGAUACAGGCUUUGUAAGCACACCAUUCUAAUCCGCUCUUCUUAGAGAUUACAAUAGCAAUGCUUAGCCCAACAAGUGCCUACACCUGGAAAAGAGACUAUCUAAUAGCUAGAAACAGCUAUCUACAAGCUGUCAAAAUAGCUAAACGCGACCAUUGGAACCAAUUCCUAGAGAGAGAGGACCCUAAAUCAAUCUUUAAAGCUAUGGCAUAUACUAGAACUACUUAUAGCUAGAAUAUACCUGCUAUCUAAGGGCUAAGGGGAGUAGAGGAAUCUUUUCAAGGCAAAUGCUCUGCACUAAGGGAAACUCUCUUCCCUAGCCCUCCUGCCUCUAGGCCUAUAGAGUGGGACAACUACCAACCAAGCAACUAGGAAUGGCCUAAUCUUACUAUAGAAGAGCUAGAAUACGCUUGCUCACCACAAAUCUAAAGCAGCUCUCUAGGACUAGACGCCCUAACACAGGAGAUUAUUACUACAGCAUAUAAAGCACA